AUGUUUGGUCUGAUUCCGCUUCUAUUUACGGCGCUUGCCAGCGCAUACCCCAAUCGGGGCCCUUGCACGGGAAACUGCUGGGCGCACGACCCUGCCAUGAUCCAGCGUGUCUCUGAUGGGAAAUAUUUCCGUUUCUCGACAGGCAUGGGUAUCCCCACGCACAGCUCACCGUCUGUGAAGGGUCCAUGGACGGACAUUGGCGCCGCUAUCCCCGAGGGAUCUAGUAUUCACCUCGACGGUGUGGAUAGUAAGAACAUCUGGGCUCCCGAUGUUCACUACCAGAACGACCAGUACUACAUGUACUACGUCCUCUCCAAGAUCGGCACCCAGACCUCAGAAAUCGGAGUCGCAACAUCCAAGACCAUGGAGCCCGGCAGCUGGACAGAUCACGGUGUGAUCGGUCUUCCCGCGAACAACAACUACAACCGCAUUGACCCCGCCUGGAUCAGCAUUGGAGGCAAGAACUACAUGAACUUUGGCUCCUUCUGGGGCGACAUCUACCAGGUUGAAAUGGAGUCUCCUCUCAAAGUCGGCGGCGCAACUCCUUACCAAAUCUCCUGGAACGCCACUCUGAAUCACCGCGAGGAGGGCUCGUACGAGUUCAAGCACGGCGACUACUACUAUCUUUUCUACUCUGCUGGUAUUGCCGGCAAGUACACAAAGACAUUCCCUGCCGAGGGUGCUGAGUACCACAUUCGCGUUUGCCGCUCCAAAACUGGCCUCGGUGACUUUGUUGAUGCCGACGGAAAAUCCUGCAAGGAGACUGGCGGUACCAUGCUUCUCUCCAGCCACGGUCAGGUCUUUGGACCCGGUGGUCAGGGUGUUCUCAACGACAAAGAUCUCGGUGUCGUGAUGUACUACCACUACUACCCGCUUGCAACCAAGCAGAGUACCACUGAGUCUGACAACGCCAACUACCGGUAUGGAUGGAACGUACUUGGCUGGAAGGAUGGCUGGCCUUACGUGAAGUCUUAA